GGCUACGAGGACUGGCUCCGACACAAGGCUGACUGCUCUAUAAACGAGUGUCCGGUGGACGUGGUGCAGCAAGGGAAGGUGGUGAGGACUCAAAGUCACAAGCUACGGGUGGGGGACAUCGUGGUGGUGAGGGAGGAUGAGACUUUCCCCUGCGACCUCAUCCUGCUCUCCUCCAGCCGCCAUGACGGGACCUGCUACGUCACCACCGCCAGUCUGGACGGGGAGUCCAGUCACAAGACCUAUUAUGCUGUACAAGAUACCCUGGCCUUUAGAACGGAGCAGGAGGUGGACUCGCUACACGCCACCAUCGAAUGUGAACAACCACAGCCUGACCUCUACAAAUUUGUGGGACGCAUUAAUAUUUACAAGGACAAAGAAGAGCCAGUGGCUAGACCACUUGGGGCUGAGAAUUUGCUCCUUAGAGGAGCCACACUGAAGAACACACAACAUAUUUAUGCUGUUGCAGUCUACACUGGUAUGGAGACUAAGAUGGCGCUUAAUUAUCAGUCUAAAUCUCAGAAGCGCUCCGCUGUAGAAAAGUCGAUGAAUGCCUUCCUCAUAGUGUACCUGUUCAUCUUGAUCAGUAAAGCGGUCAUCAACACGGUUCUGAAAUACGCCUGGCAGUGGUCUCCAGACAGAGACGAGCCCUGGUACAACCACAGGACGGAGAACGAGCGCCAGCGACAUGUGGUGAUCCGAGCCUUCACAGACUUCCUGGCCUUCAUGGUCUUAUUUAACUACAUCAUCCCAGUGUCUAUGUACGUGACGGUGGAGAUGCAAAAAUUCCUGGGCUCCUAUUUCAUCACAUGGGAUGAGGAAAUGUUCGACGAGGAGCUGGGAGAGGGGGCUCAGGUCAACACCUCGGACCUGAACGAGGAGCUGGGACAGGUGGAGUAUGUGUUCACUGAUAAGACAGGCACUCUCACGGAGAACAACAUGGAGUUUAUUGAGUGCUGCGUCGAUGGGAACGUCUACAUCCCACAUGCCAUCUGCAACGGCCAAAUCCUCAGCGCUGCCUCCAGUAUAGACAUGAUUGACUCCUCACCCGGAGGAUACAGGAGG